AUGGAGUUCAAUCUUAUCUUUGUUAUGGGUUUGAGAAAGGAGUGGCGAAAUGUAAGCAUGAUGGUCAAAAAUCAACAGAGCUUUGAUACGUCAACUUUGAAUGACGUGUACAAUCAGUUAAAAUCACACGUAAAUGAAGUGAACGAAAUUGCUGAAGAAACGAGGGCGAGUUUGGGAGGACCACUAGCUUUGGUUUCAAAAAUGACUGAGAAAGAAAUUCAUGAGAAGAGUGAUUCUGAUGGAGAAGAGGGAUUCAUCAUGAAUUCUGAUGAUGAAGCGAUAGCAUUUUAUUCAAACAAUCAUAUCAAAAAGUUCUUCAAAAAGCCAUUCAAUUCGAAGAUCAAGUCAACUAAGAUAAAAGGAAGUUUUGUGAAUAAAACUGCAAGUGAUGAGAAGAAGAAGGAAGAGAAGAAUGAUGCGAAGCUUGUUGAGGGAAAGAUUGAGAAGAAGUUGAAGGGAGAUGCUGGAGUAGACUAUCACUACUGUAAUGGGGCCAAUCAUUUAGCCAAUGAUUGCAUGUUGAGUAAGAAAGAUGAGAAGAAGAAUAAGGUAAAAGAUGAAGCUUAUUAUGCUGAAAGACUAGAGGAAGUUCCUGCGAAGGCAAAAAAGUUGUCACUGGUUGCCAUGGGAGAACAAGAAGAUGAUGGAACUUAUCAAGUCUGGUCAUCUGGAUCAGAUGAUGAGGAGAUGCGAAAUCCAACACAUGGAGCAAUGUUUGCAAAGAUGGAGGAGGAAUAUGAUGAGGAAGCAUACAAAGUAAAAGGAAGAUGCUUCGUGUCAAAGGCUGCAGACAAAUAUCCAAUGACAACCAAGAAAGUUAUUGCCUUUUUUAGCUUACGAAAAAGAGCUAAGGUAGAUAAUAUUUCGUAUGAUUGUGAGAAAGAAAUAGCUGAAUUUGACAAAGUUCCUGAUGAUAGAUAUAGAUAUGGAAUAGUCAAAGUAGAUGAAUGUCUUGAUGCUACUGAAUUAGUUGAAAUUACUGAAACUUCAACAUCUGAUGGUCAAUCUAAUUUUGCUGAUAUUGAAGAUAAUUCUGACAAUAUCAGUGAAAUUAAUGAUCUUGAGGAUGUUGAUUGUUCUCAGUUGUCUAUUAUUAAUGUUGCAUCUUCAUCUAAAGGGAAAGAAAAAGUUAAUGAUUUAGACAGUCAAACAGAUGAUUGUGAUGAUGAAAAAGAUGAGAAACUUUCGAAGGAAAAGGUAUUUUCAAAGGAUGAAGAAAUUCCUCGAAUUGUAGUUGACCAGGUGUAUGGUUAUACACAAAAGUAUGAAAAAGUGUUGAAAGAACAAGAUGAUGUUGUGUUUCCAAACCAAGUGUUCAUAACAACUGGAAAUGUUGAAAAUGUCAAACCAGAAUUCAAGAAAUUGGUGGAACAAGACAAUUUGAAAACAUCAGAUGAAGCGUUCUUCGCAAAUCAAAGCACAAUUGAAAAUAACCUAACGAAUAAUUCAUAUGUUUAUCAAAGACAAAAAUCUCAGAGAAAAUGGGUUGAAAAAUCUAAACUUGAGAAAGAAGUCACCAAACCAAUUUUUGAGGAAACGAAAAUUGAUACUUCCUAUGCUGAAUCAUUUGUUUCAAAACCAAAAAUUGAUUUUGUUCCUCUAAAGCCAAAUUUUCCUAAUCAUACGAAGAAACAAACAUUGAAAGCUUUGCAUGAAAAAGGGAUAACUUCACGAAAGAAUAUUGAUCACUGGCUCAAAGGAAUAGGAAAAAUUUACCAACCAAGUAAAUAUUCGAAAGAUCAAAUCAACGAAGCUUAUGAGAAUGGUUGCUCUUGUCACAUGACUGGGAAGAAGGAGAAUCUUAGAGACUUUCGAAGCUUGAAAAAUGCUGGAGUUGUUAAGUUUGGAAAUAAUCAAAAGUGUCAAGUCAAAGGUUAUGGGAAAAUAACAAAUGGUCAAUUCACAGUGAAUCGAGUUGCUUAUGUCGAAGGUUUACAACACAACUUGAUAAGUGUAUCAAAACUUGUGGUAGGCACUAAAAAUCAAGUACUUUUUAACGAAGAAGGAAGCAUUAUUUCAAAUGUUUACGCAAAAGAAGUUUUGCUUAAAUCCAAAUGGAAGGGUGACAUGUUUACUUUGGACAUCAAUCCAAUUGUGGGUAAACUUGCUGUAUGUCUUCUUUCAAAAGCUACAUCAGAUCUUAGCUGGCUAUGA